UUUCUUCGACGUCUUGUGCGAACUCGAACACCUGUCGUUGACCAUGCCAUCAAACGCGUCUGCUGACGAAUGAGCUACACGAUAUUUGGUGUCCUUUGAUCGACAGCCCGCUAACAGUUUCUACAUCGUAACGAGCUGACCUUUUCGUCAAAUAUGCCGAGACUCAUUAAGAUUAAGAAGUAACGAAUAAAACAACAACAACAAUAAUAAAGAAAGAAGGAAUAAAAUAUAUGGAAAGGUCAAAGAACGCGAACAUUUCUGUUUAACCCUUGAACAGAGUCCAUCGAUCUCUUGGUCAUUAAUCAUUGGACACAAGGAAACAUGGAAGUGUCAGGUGCUCGCUGUCCCAUAACAUUGAAAGCACCCAUUCGUAUAUGUAUUAACGUAGGAUGAACGAUCGUAAGGGAGUCUAUAUUUUUUGCCACUUAUAUAGACUGUAUUCAGAUGAAAUCCUAGAGAAUCGUAUGAAGAUAGAAAAAAAAUGAACGAAUACAUUAAGGUCGUGAUACUUUUGAGCACGAAUGAUCAUUAAUUGUAAGAACGACGGACGAGGCUGGUGAUUGGUCACUCUUAAAGGUUGACCAUUUGAAAAGCUAUUGUCGCUGGUCACCCAUGACUACCCAAUGGGCGGAACAAAUAUGAUCUUGACAAGUACGCAUGCUCUUUAGGGCGGGAAGAAAGGUAACGUCGACGAAUGAAAAGUUUCCUGGAAUAAUCGUGGAACACGUGAUAUUAGAAAACUCUGUCAUAACCGGACCUGUUAACUUGAAACUGUUUUACUUCAUUGGAGGAGUAUCUUGAGUGCCUUACCUAAUAACUUGUGAGAUAGUCCUCUUUCAAAUGUCAAUUCGUGUUGAAGCUUAACGUUUCAUUGAAAUUUUUUCAAAGGUUGAAAAUGAUAUGUCAAUCGAAGAAGGAAAGAAGAAAAAAUCUAAUAGUUAUUUGUAAGAUAAUUGACAAACGAUAAUUGACAAGGUAUCAUUUUGGAGGACGAUUCUUUUGUUGUGAAUAUAAAAACGUUCGAUUCGUUGAUAUAAUGACGUUUUGAAAAAAGAAAAAGAAGAAAGGACAACAUAUAUAGUAUAAUUUAUCCGCGCAACGUAUGAUAUUAUUGAGUUUACGUCGCUCUCUGGAAGGAUAAGAAAAUGUGAAAAAAAGAAAUAUAUAUUCAAAGAAAAGAAAGAAUAAAUUACUCAACGUACUGAGCACGUUUUUUAAGUCAUCACCAUGGAUAUAAAUCAAGAAAAAGAGGAAGAAUCUUCUAAGACCGAUCAACAUAAUAAUAUCGUACUAAUCAUGCACUAACACAUUCGAACGUGUUCUCUAAAAAAAAUGGCCUCUCAUAUACACACGCAAACAAUUUGUUCUGAAAAUACAAUGACCGGAGCAGUUUCUACAUUACAACUAUUGAGAAGUUAUAGAUUUCUUGCUCCAAAUUCAGAUAUAUAUAGAUAUGAACCGUAUACUCCUACUCAACGUUGUAAAUUUAACGAAACAAAUAUAUUGUCCAAUUCCACGUCGAUAGAACCGUCGUUGACGCCGUCGUUAACGACAACUGCUUCUCUUUCCGGAACAUUGCCAAUUUCUAGUGGUUUUCUAGUACAAUCUCCUUUUUUCACAACUAUGACCCCUUUGAUACCAUCGUUAAAUAUACCUCGACGAUAUUCAGAUAUAAUGGAUUCCGAUACGAUUAUGAAUCGACAGUUUAUCAACGAUAAUAAUACACAAAGUAUCAGUAGACGACCGAGAAGCGAAAAAAAGCCUAUUCCGGAUGAUCAAAAAGAUGAAAAAUAUUACGAAAGGCGUAAACGUAAUAAUCAGGCCGCAAAGAAAUCGCGAGACGCACGAAAAAUUCGUGAAGAUCACAUCGCUUUAAAGGCAACAAUGUUAGAACACGAAAAUGCUAUUUUACGAGCGCAGGUGGUGACCCUUCGAGAGGAAGCUCAAUCGCUUCGACAUAUGUUGCUAAAGCAGCAACAAACAACUAGGACACAGUCCAUCGAACGUUCUGUAUCUUCGUUGACGUCAGUAACACGAUCAUCGAUGCGAUCUCUCUCUACAUUGGAUUGUGAACUAUAAAAAGGAAGAAGCUCUUUAAGUGAUUAAAGAAGGGCAAACUACUUCCAGAUAAUUUAGUCUCACACCGAAGUUUCUUUGUAUAUUAAUUAAGAGAACAGAAUUGAAUGAACUAUUACACAUACUAUGCUAAUAUGCAUAAUAUACGUAAACAAAUGUUCGUUCAUUUUCUAAGGUCUAAAAUAGAAAAAGAAAAAAAAAAUUAAAAAACAAAAAAAGAGAAAACGUUUCAACUUACGAUUAUAAAAAUGUAUCCAAAUAUAUAAACAAGACAUAAUUUCUUUAUCUUGUCACAUUAUCAAUGUAACUUUGUGAUUGUUACAAAAGCGGUUGCACAUUUUUUGCUCUCGUGUUAAAUGUUUUACUCGUAAUAGUAAAGAAUAACCUAUUAUUUUCUAUUUUCAUCAGUUUCAUUACUUACACACACACACACACACACAUUAUAUAUAGAAAAAGGGAGAGAUUUAUUAAUGUAAUAUUUAUGAUAUAUAAAUAACUUCUAUUUUAUAUAUGUGUGUGUGUGUGUGUGUAUAUAGAUAUAGAUAUUAGAAAAAAUAAAUAUUCUAAUUAUAGAUAUAUACAUAUACAUAUACACAUACACACAUAUACAUACACACACAUACAUUAGUAUAUUUAUCUGACAAAUUUACUUAUAUAUCACAAAUAUUAUAUUAAUAAAAUGUUGGUGUGAACACGAAUUAAAUUCGAAUAGAUAUUACGAAAUAUAUUUAAAUAAUCUCUAUGAACAAAAAAUCUCCAAAUAGUCUUCUACGGAUAUAUGUUAUUUUAUUCUACUAAUUUUUAUUGUAAUUUUUAUGUUUUUCUUACCUUUUCUUUCUUAGAUGUGAACUUUCACAGUUGUUCGUAAGCAAUCUAUGUACUACUUACGUACGUUAUAUUAUGUAUAUAGAUUAUCUAUUGUUUGAUAAAUAUUGACAUAUAAUGUAUAGAUUUAGAUUCUAGAUGAUAAUCAUAUGACGGUAAAUAAUUAUAUGUACUAUUAGUCACGCGGUCUCAAUACACAUUUAAAAAUUUCGUUACUAUAUUAUCGACAAUUUUCAAUACACAAUUUACCAACACAAUAUUGUCACCAUUGCACAUCAAGAUAUAAUCACAGAAGCGUGUAAUUUUUUAUAUAUGUAUUUAAUUGUAUGCCGAUAAAAAAGUGCCUUCAAUCCAAUUACUUUUCUUUACUUUUAUAGUUCCUACAACACGUAUGUAUGUGUGCAUGUGUAUUGUAUAUAUUUUUUUACACAACAUCUAUAUUUUGACUAGAUAAAUAAAUGAUAUUCUACAAUACUCUGAAAGUUCGUAAUAAAGAAAUAA